AUGAGUCUCGCAGGCUGGGAUUUCACCAUAGCUGAUUCCGCGUCGUACAUUUCCUAUCUUCCCCAUGGCGAUGGUGGCUUGUUCAACCAGACUUUAACUAGCUGGCAGCCUUACUACGCCGCCUCGGGUGGCUUCUGUACCGACGGCGGAAAUGACGCUAGUGGGCCGUCGUCACAUCUCACCUCUCUUUAUGGGGCCAGUCUCGGAUUCGAAUUCUAUGGCAGUGCACUUCAACUCUAUGGCACUGCAAAUUGUUCAUACGACGUCACAGUCGACAGUACCACUCAUUUCAACCUGUCCCUGGGGGACGGGGAGCUGCUUUAUUCCAAUGACGCACUCAGCCCUCAGUUGCAUUACGUGAACUUGACUGUUUUUCCUGAGGCAAACAAAGGACAAGUCGCGGCAUUCAGUUACGCUAAUAUCACGAUCCCGUUUCUCGCAGGAUCGGGUGUCCCGAAUGAGAUAUUCUACGACAACGCAGACACGUCGGUUAUGCAUUACUCUGGUAAUUGGUCAAUAGCAUCCGAUCCCAAUGUCCCAAACUCCACGCACCCGGCGGCGUAUCAUCAGACAUCGACCUACAACAGCUCGAUGUCGAUGGAGUUCGUGGGCGAAGCUGUGGCCGUGAGUGGAUUCAGGGACUGGGGUGACUGGGUUUAUACAAUAGUCCUGGACGGCAAUAGCCAAUCCUACAACGGCAGUACAAUGUGGAAAAUACCUGAUGCGCUGCUGUUCUUUGCGGCAGGCUUGGAUCCGAACAAAACGCAUACACUUGAUAUUGUCCAUAGCUCCUUCAAUGGCUCUAACCUGAGGCUGAACUCGGUCGUUGCAUACACAUUGAAUGCCACUGGACACGAGCCCACAUCGAACGCCACUGGAAACACACCCACGACGGCGCCGUACGUGUUCCUCUGCUACGACGACUGGAUCAUGUCUGACACUGCACCCAGCCUAGCCACGAAUACUGUAUCAGGCACGUCCACAGUACCCUCGUCGAAGGGGCCCAAUGAAGGUCUUAUUGCCGGCGCCACGAUUGGGGCAACAGGGGGUUUAGCGAUACUUGCAAUGGUCCUCACCUGGCUGCUACGGCGCCGGCGUUCGCGCCCCAAUGAACAGCCGAAAAAUGUCGCGCCAUAUUCGACACUCGCUCAUGCAUCUGCGCGGCGCGCAGAUAGGAUCGUCGCGGGCGCAUUCUACCCCCUUACGAGGGAAUCGUCUCUAGAGGAAGGGGUUUGCGAAGUGGAACCGACUCACGAGAAGAGCGAUCUUGCGCAUCCCACCCACGCCGCGGCGCAGCAGGACGCGCCGUCUGUGUCCCCGCCCGCGACGUCCGUUGCGCCCCAGUCUUCGCGACCCUCGCUGCACGCGUCCGAUCUCGCGAGAGGCGCACCUGCCACCGCCGUCGGGCAGCCCACGUGGGACAUGAAUCGACUGGCAGAGCUGAUUGCUGAGCGCAUAGACCAGCAGCGAUCGACGCCUGCGUCGUACACCGAUGCUCCGCCGCCGGAGUACUGCAAUUGA